AUGGAAGUUAUUGAAUUUUUACAAAAAACGGACCAUAAAAACCUCAAAAACUUCAUUGGAUUUAAGGUCAAGCAAAAACUACAGGAAUAUGAAUUGGAUCUGCAGGGAAGACAAAAUAGACUUCGAAACAUUUUGAAUUUGGAAACAAUGCAACAAAACGAAGAGCUUUUGCUACUGACUAAACAACGAGUGGAGUUGGCAAAGCAACAACGACUGGAUUGGAUAAACACAAAGCGCAUAGAGCGACAACAGGCCGAAGAGGAACUUUUAAAGGUCAAGAAACUGCAAAGAGAAUUAGAGAAUUGUGAAGAAUGGCUUCACCGUCAAAGUCAACAACUUCUUGUGGAAACCAAAGAGGCACAAUUGCAACAAAUCGCAGAAAAGAGAGCCCUCCUGGCCAGAGAACAAGAAAUCGAAAGGAGUUGGCUCAAAGUGAUGGAAAAGCUACGCCAAGAGAAAGAAUACCAAGAAGUCUAUGAAGAGAAAUUACGCAAAGUAAUUGAAGGAUUAAGCCAACAAAAGAAUUUAGCACUACUGGAAGCCAAGAAAAAACUGGAGCGCGAUGAAAAUGAAGCUUUGAAAAACUACUAUACUGAAGACAACAUGCGUGCCCUGGCCUUGGAUAAGGAAGGCAAAACCCAGCAAAAAUUGGAAGAGAUAUAUAAGAAAAUGCAACAACAGCAGUGGUUGAAGUCUCAAAUUGCAAUUAAUCAGCAACGCAACGCUUUACAAGCCGAACAAACAUUCCAAGAGGAUUUCAUAUUUCGAAGUCGAGAGGAUGAACAAAUAUGCCAAGAACUGGACGAAUCUCAAAGGCAGAAGGUUCGCAAUAAGGAAUGGUACAAAUUAUAUCUGGAACAUUGUGCCAAAGAGAAAGACCAAAAGAAGAAAGUCGAAAUGGAAGAUGAUCAAAGGUACCUGAACACCGGUUGUGUACUGCAACAGAAACCUAAACAACCAUAUGGAAAAAUUAGUCGUUAA